AUGCCAGAUUCAGUUGGGAUGAUGCUUCAGCCUGGUCUGGUUGGGAGCGGAAACUCCUACUCACCACUUUCUCACGUCUUGACCAAUCACAACAAAUCGUUCACCAUUGACGCUAUACUAGGAAUAAGACAUCACAACCAAUCCGCAAUUGACUAUUCAACAAACAAUUCAGGUGAUAAAGAUAAAUGUGACAGUGGGAGAAAAACGAAGUGCAAAAGAGUAAGGACUAUUUUUACACCGGAGCAACUUGAAAGGCUGGAAGCAGAGUUCGAACGGCAGCAAUACAUGGUUGGACCGGAAAGACUUUACCUGGCCCACGCACUUCAACUUACAGAAGCCCAGGUGAAGGUGUGGUUUCAAAAUAGAAGGAUAAAAUGGAGGAAGCAGCACUUAGAACUUCAACAGCAGCAGCUGGCAGCUUUGAAAAAGCGAAGAGACGUAUUAGAAACAAGUGAAGAAAGUGAAGAUGAAUCAGCGAAAACAACAGCCAAUCACUGAUAGUUAAAGUGAUCGGCAUAAUACCAAGUGCCAUAAGUAUCAAAUGAAAUCAAAUGAAAGACAUUAAAUCCUUCUCAGCUUGUAUAAAUUGUAAAUUAGUAACUUAUCAAAGGCUAAAAGUGAUCAGAUCAUUACUAUUUUUUGAGAAUUAUUAGAUAGAUUUAUAUUGAUUAUCAGUGGAAAUACAAGGUUUAUUAUUCUUGAACAUCAAAUUGAUUUGUCUCGAGAAUAAAUGAUGGUUUAAAAACAUAAAGUACCAUUAAUGUUGUAAUUUUCUUAGCCUUAUUCUUCAACUCCGUGGAUUUAUUUUUAUAUAAUAUACGUCAAUUUUAUUUUCCAGUAAUCUAAAAAAGAUAAUGUAAUCUAACUGCAUCAACAUUUAAGUUGUUGAAAUAGU